AUGAUCGCUGAAGCGUUGUCUCUCGCCGGCAGACCUCUUUCGCCGGACGAGCAAAUCCUGUACGUUCUCCGGGGGCUCAGACCGGAGUUCCGUACGAUGGCUUACUCCCUCACCGCGUCUGGCGCAACGGUCUCGCUCUCUCAGCUCUCUGAUUUCCUCCAAGCGCAGGAAUUCAUCCACGAGGAUGAUUUCGCCGUUGCAGACACCGCGGUUGGCAGCAGCUCCCCGGCGGCGUUUUAUGCUGGACGUGGUCGCCAUGGCAAUGAUCACACGUCGGGGCGUCACUCCGGUGGUAGGGGUGGCCGGCAGAACAGGGGCAGAAACAAUCAGGGCCGGCAAAGUAGAGGUGGCGGUUUGAGAUGUCAGAUAUGUCGCGCGCAUGGACACACGGCCGUGUACUGUUAUAAACGGUAUACUGAACGGCCGGCCGGUCACACCAACGUCGCGGUUUUCAGCGAGAAUGCGGCAAACAUGACGUCUGAUGUGUGGUUUCCGGAUACCGGGGCUACAUCCCACGCAACUCCGGAUGAACAGAUGAUAGGCCACUCUGAAGCUUACACUGGCGGAGACAUUUUUAAAAUCGGAAAUGGUACAGUUUAUCGCUUUACUAACGACAACGAUGUGUACUUUGAAUUUCACAAAAAUUUGUUUCUUGUGAAGGAUUGCAACACUCGGGAGGUUCUUCUUAAGGGUUUCACAUCCGGCGGCCUAUACAAGUUAUUGGUCCCAUCAUCUCCGUGUGCCUUUCUAACCGCUCGUGCAUCUUCCGAGAUGACCAUUCGCGUUAUUGCUGGUUUUACCCAUUACGGUUAA